GCAGCGGCCAACACACACACACACACAACACGCAAGUUCAUCAUUUUUAUUUCUGAAGAGUAAUCGCGCUAUUUCGAGAACCGCCGCUCGUGACUUGUUUUUCUUUUCAACUCAACAGUGUGUCCUCAAAAGAAAAAAGUUAAGUAGUUGUAUUGCCGACAAUCAAUGAAAGUAAGAGAAGGCGUUUGGGCAAAACACGUGGAAUCUCUUUCCGCCCUCGCUCCUCCCACGAACGCCUUCCGUUUACGCUCGACAGAAUUACUUUCUUUCGUGCUUUAACGUCACUUCAAGCGGAAAGCAGAGCCGGUGAGUCUUGCCGACAAUUGGGAACAAGAAACGGAGCUGCAUCAGCAGAGAUCGAUCAAAACCACAAAGCAGGGACGAAAAGCACGCGAAGCUGACUCGCUGCUUCUGCAGGCAGCGUUGUAAACAAACCAACAGCAAAAAAAAGCGGUUGGUCGACUCUAUUUCUGUCAGCGCCUUUUCAGUAGGCUUUUUCACCUCAACAGCACCGCGUUUCACACACUUUCUCGUCGUCUAGUGUUGUGUCACUCAAGUGGAAGGCAGCGUACUCCCGGUCUCAUCAACGGUUGAAUAGUCAAACGAACCGAGAGCGCAAAAAGAACGAAGAGGUUAAAUAAAUAAUCGAGUGUGGCCCGCAGGGUUUUGCUUUUUUUGCUGUUGUGUGUGCGUACGAAAGGUUCUAGGCCGAUGAGGGUGUGUUCGUGACGCGCCCAAAUUUCUGACUGCGUUAUCAUAUUUUCUGUUGAUGUUGCAUCUAAUGUAUAAACGGGAAAGAGGAGCCGUCUUGUGAGUUCUCUAGCUCAGUAUUUACGUUAUUAUUGUUGUUUCGUGUCUAUCUAACCCGGCCUGUUUUCCCCUUUUGAGUAAGCAAGAUGGACAUGCUAGGCGUGACGUUUAUUGCGGUGAGCAAGGUCAUCGUAUCCGUGCUGAUCGGCGUGAUCACCACCAGCUCUAUCCCGAAUAGCAAGUCCACGCUGCGUGACUUCGGCUUUUUAAUUUCGGCGGUGCUGCUGACGUCUCUUACCCUCUCCAACGUUGCCCAAUCAGUCAACCUGGAGCUGCUCGUACGGUGCAGUAUCCUCAUCCUCUUCUCUACGUUGAUGAUCACGUGGGGGCUAAUGUGGGGCGUUGCGUGCGGUGCAGUGCUCUUCCGCCUCAACCCGAAUCUCUCAGGCAUCCCAGCCGAGCUGCGCGGCGAUGUACGGCUGCAUCUGCUGUUCGGCGAGGAAGACGAGCCAGCGGAGUCCACGCAGGCGUCGCCCACGUCGCCGUAUCCGCCGUCGGGGAAGAGCAAAGAGAAGAACAAGAAGACUCGUGUGCCGUACGUGGCCGUCGUGCUCAGCGAGCAUCUGCGCGAGGUCGGCGUGGACGGCAACGAUGUCGUCCCGUCGCUGGAUGUCCCAGACAAGUCGCUGGAGGACACGGCGGGCUACAUCUGGGCGAUGUGGGUCGGCUGCUCUACCCAGAACGGCGUCACGCUGCCCAUCUCCCUCAUGACGAACAUCGCCAGUGCGGUUGAAUUCAUCGACUUCGCGCAGGCUGCCGCGUACAUCUUCGUCUUUGCCAUUAGCUACAUGCUGUACCUGUGGUCUGCCGGCCCGGCCUUUGUGGAGCAGGGGGAGAAGGCCGCGAAGAAGCAGCGGCUGAUUCGGGAGCUGAUCACAAAGCACAAGCGGAUGUCGGCGCGCUGCGACGCUACGACGCAGACCUUGUCCUUUCCGGUGGACCACGUUCUGCAGUACGACGCCGCGGCCGAGCGUUCCCACGCCGGCGCACCCGCGCGUGAGGAGGGCGACCGCCUUUCAGGCACCCAACGCAGCCCGCGCUCAAACGGCGGUACCAGCACCACUCCAGCACCAGGCAACGUGGACGAAGGCGGCAGCGGAAACAAGUUUUCUCGCAGUUCCUCAGCGCGGUCGUUCAGCGCGAGUGCGCAGACGGAGGUGAACAUGACGGAUACACAGGACACGCGGUGCACUUCGGCUGCGGUGGCCAUCUCAAUGCCCGACGCACCGAGUGCCAUGAGCCCCACCACGGCCGGCCACUACGCCUUCACCAUGGCCACGGCGGAGCAGAUCCCCUACGACUGGCGGAGCGCGGGCCUCGUACGAGUCAAGUACGAGUCGGACAUGAAGGCCAUGAAGAAGAAGACGCUAUCGGAGAAGCUGACCAACUUCGGACACGCUGCCUGGGGCCUCGUGCGCAAGCUCAUGGUGAACCCGCCGUUUCUCUCCGUCGUGAUCGGCAUUGUGGUCGGCGUCGUCACACCGGUGCGGAACCUUUUCUUCGACGGCGGUGCGUUGGAGAUGGUGAUGGAUGCGAUCCGCCUGAUUGGCCAGGGGUCUAUUCCGUCCUCCUUGCUGCUGCUCGGCGCCAACCUCGUCGGCUCCGCCACCGACGCGGGCGCUGCUGCGGAGGAGGGAGUUCGUAUGCGUCACGCGGAGCAGAACACCGAAUACCCGCUGCACGCCGAAGAGUGGGCACUGCUGGGCGAGGACCGGGGCCACGCGGCGUGGUACGACAAUGAACACGAGUCGAUUGAGUACGACCUGCACAACUCCUUCUCGCUGCAGACGCUGCGGCAGCUGGGGCAGGGGCCGACCGCGUACGUCGCGCAGGCCUCGGGCAGCGGUGCCGCCGCACCAAUAGUCCCCAUGGAGGAGGAGACGGAGGACAACAAGCCGCCCAGGAAUGCGUUCCUCGCCGGCGUCGAGAAGACGCUAUCCUUGCGGGGCAUCAGCAAGUCGUUUGUGUGGGGUGUCAUUGGCCUUCGCCUCAUCGUUGCCCCCGCCUUCAGCUUCGCGGUGCUCGUCUUCUUGAUCAACACGAUGCCGUUUUUGUUUGGCGGGCGUGGCACCUAUGACAAGACGCUGAUUAUGGUGCUGAUGGUGGAGCUGGCGUCCCCGACUGCCAUCAACAGCACGCUCAUCUUCAACGCCCGACAGUUCAUGACGUUUCCGUGGGCCAAGAUGCUCUUCUUCCAGUACAUCUUGUGCACCGUCACCAUGGUAAUGUGGGCCUCGCUCGGUCUCAGCUACGUGUCGAAGCUAAAGUAG